AUAAUAUUCAGUAGAGGUAUAACUUCUUUACUAACUACAGAAUCAUGAGGAUUUUGUUCGUUGUUCUUGUCUUGUCCCUUGUUCUCUUCUGCUUGGUGGAAGCCGCUAAACAGGAUAAAAAGAGAAAACACGCUAAAAUUGACGUAGGACGUAGAAGGAAACAAGCAAAAACAACUAAGAAGCAGGGCAUUAGAAGACGAACUCUACAGAAGACAGUGAAAUCCGGCAAUGCUAAAUCAGUCGCCCGUGCCAACGAGGUUGGAAAUGGUUGUGAUUAUGUUGUUCUCUCCGAACUACCCACCAGGGCAAAAGGAUGUGUUAAUGGCGCUAAGUUUGUGAUCAGACCUGGAAGUAACUCUAGAAGGCAGUAUGUCAUCAUGAACGGUAAACCUCUGCUUCUCUGGGUGACCCGAGGAACUAAGUUUACUGACUGUACAGCCUUCACAGACAGAACAGCUUCAAUUUCAUGCAAGGAAGUUACUGGUCUGGCAGCUAUUGAUCUUGGUGUGACUGGAGCUCCCGGCACCAAUACUACUGCAGCACCUUCAUCAGGUAAUAAAACUCUACCCUAGAGGUACAGUAUACGAGUUCAACCUUGAAAAAAGCAAUAUCAUCAACUGUAAAACUUUUUAUUGUAUAUUUUAUUCAAUAUUUUCUAGUCGCGCUCGACCACAACCAUAAUAUUGAAUAAAUUUUAUCUAAAUUAUGAAUAAUUUUGUUUAUCAAAUCGAAUCCAAUUGGAUAGAACAUAACAUGUUAUGGUUGCUUAAAACAUUGUUCUUCGCAAUUUUGACUACCAUUUAUUUUAAUUAGAAAAAAUCUUACAGUUAUCAGAUCUUAUUGAUUUAGUUUUGUUCAAGGUUAAUGCUCUCUAAAAUAUUUAGUUAUUUGUCUUAUCAAUAUCAAAUUAGAUUUGAAUAUAAAAGAAACUUAAACAAUCAGACAGUUUUUGUGAGCAAUUAUCUACUUUUUGUAAGAUUGUUUAGAAGGGAAACAAUACUACACUCAGUCGAUUCUAAAGCUCAUCUUGUCAAUAAACUGUUUAAAUUGCACCUGGUGGUGGUGGUUUAAUAAUUUCAAAUGUGACGCAAGAGUAGGAUAAUGUACACUGUAAAAUGUUACCAAAAUUAUGGUAAACUGGUUCUUUAAAAAUGGCUGGAACGUUGUAAAACCCUAAAAAUGGCUGAAUUUAAUCUUGCUGAAAUACUACAACAGUUCCUGAUGAAAAAGUAACAAGCUUAAGUUUUUAAUUUGUCUGUUGGUCUCUGAAACAGUGAUCGCAUGGAAACUAAGAAUAUGAGAGGUAGCUUUUAGCAUUUCUGUUGAGCGGAAGUUAAAACCGUUUGAGCAAAACAUGGUGUGGGGAAGUUGAAACCAGUUUGAUCAUCAUGUGGUCAGAGGAAGUCGAAACCAGUUUGAUCACCUUGUGGUGUGGGGAAGUUGAAACUAGUUUGAUCACCAUGUGGUGAGAGGAAGUCGAAACCAGUUUGAUCACCAUGUGGUGAGAGGAAGUUGAAACCAGUUUGAUCACCAUGUGGUGAUAGGAAGUUAAAACUAGUCUGUUCAGUGAUCACCAUGCGGUUGAAACCAGUUUAACCAGAACGUAAUGAGAGGAAGUUUAAACUGGUUAUUUUACGCUUGUGUGUGAUCAAGAAGUCCCAUGAUGAAAGAAAAAAUUUGUUUUAUUAUUUUCGAUUUUAAUAAAAUUUAUGCUUGUCACCA